AUUUAUUUCUUGAAUUAUUUUACUUACUCAUUUGAACGUGACGACGCAUGCAGUUCACCAACUGAGAUGAAGCAACGGGAUUCGCACAUGUCCGUUCGACGUGAGCAGUAUUAUGGAUCGUUUGAAUUGGUCGUGUCUGUAGAUCCGGGUGGUCAGAUCCAGAAUAUUGGUCGAUUCCGAUUGGAGCCUUCUGCGGAUUUGCAUUAUGACUGCUCAGUUCCAUCGACAAGUCCCGUGAUUGUGGAGAAUCCACAAGAAGAGACUCGUUGGUAUUGGAAAUACUUUCUUGGGAAUGAACAUCAAAAUUUCGCUGGAAUCGAUCCAUCAACAAAAUCGCCGUUUUUCAUGUCGAUUCUGGUCGAGGAUGAAACUGAAGGGAAUCGCAUGUGCCGAGCCAUCUUAUGGACAUCCGAGGGCCCUCGUCGCCUUUGUUUUCCGGCCUCAAGCGGUUCCAGUCGGACACUCACUGCUAAAUCAAUUCUACAGCAGUUUCACGGUAUGAGCGAAUUCAAUAGAUCGUUGAAAGAGAUCGAAAGUGCGAAGUUGCAAAAAGAAUUGGUCAUACUUGAGGACCAGGAGGGAGGUGUCAACUGUAAAUUCGGUGUUGUUUAUUCGCUCGGCAAUCAAGUUUCUGAUACUCAAAUGCUCAGCAAUGCAGCCAAUUUUCAUUCGUUUGAUUUUCACCCUCCAUAUCAUACGAUGAUUUACGAUUUUAUUUCAUUUUGCACGCUAAUUGCAGAGCAUGGUGAUGAAAGUUUCGCACAAUUUGUCAAACUUCUCGGACAACGAAUCGAAUUGCAGGAUUGGGGAAGUUACAGAGGAGGACUUGAUACGACAAGUUAUUAUUAUUAU